CCAGUUCUUAUCAAUCGGAAAUGGAAACAAAAUGGCGAUCACUUGACAGAAACAACACUGGGUCAGAAACUUAGCCAAAAGAACUCGUAAAGAUGAGUUCAGUGGCCCAGAUGUUAAGACAAGCAGAGGCCCUCAAGGCAAGUGUAUCUGAUACCAGUAAAACCAUAUCCGAAACGUGGGUAAUGAGACAAAAACUUGAAGAUGUUUACAAGAAAAUUCUCCUUACAGACCUGGAGUAUGCUCUUGACAAGAAAGUGGAACAAGAACUAUGGAACCAUGCUUUCAAGAAUCAGAUAAACAACUUACAGUCUCAAGCUAAAGAUAAACAGAAUGUCAAGAGAGCAGAAAUUCAGGCCACACUUAACUUAUUUUUGGAGACAGCCAGUGGUUUCUAUCUUCAGUUUCUUCAGCUUCUGUGUACCACGUUCAAACUGGAUCUGCCCUUCAGGAGAAAAUCAGCUUUCUAUGGUGUCAUGAAAGAGAGAACACCUAUGAAGCUAAAAGUAACUCCACCGAAGAAGAGCUCCUGUUUAUAUGUCUGUCAGCACUGUUUGGUACAUCUUGGGGAUAUAGCGAGGUAUCGACAACAGAUUGAUCAAGCUCAAACAUAUUACUGGCAUGCUGCAUAUCUUGUACCAUUUAAUGGUCAACCGUACAAUCAGUUAGCGAUUCUAGAGGCUGCCAAGGGGAACAAACUCUCUACCGUGUUUUACUAUAUCCGCAGUCUUGCUGUUAAAGUGCCAUUUCCUGUUGCGGCUACCAAUCUUGAAAAACUCUAUGCAAAACUUACAAAAGAAACUCCAGAUUUCAAAGGGAAGUUAUCUGCCAGUGAGAUGAUCACAGGUUUUCUACAGUUCCAUGCCUUAGUUCAUCUUUGUACAGAUCUGAUAAAAGCAGAAGAACUCUCUGAAAAAUUGGCGGCAGGUCUUCCAGCACAUGUGACCUCACAAAGUUUUCCAUGGCAAGUGCUUGUACACAUCGUGGCAAUAAACAUCUUUGCCAUGAAUCAUGUGCACCACAUGUCAGAUGGUCAUGAAGAUUCGGGAAUGACAAAUGGGGACUCAGAUCUUACAGAUGAUGAGGAAAAAUGUUUCAAUCUUGUGUUUACAUUGACUGUGAAUAUGAUGGACAUCUUGCUACAGUACACACCAAAACAGGAGCACAAAGUAUGUGACUAUUUCACUCUUCCAGCUGUCAAACUGCUCCUCGACUGGCUCAAACUGAACCCUCAAAACUUUGAACGACCUGUCCUCAGGAACUCUCCGUUGUGGGGUAACUUAUGUAAGGUGUUAAACAGUAUUCAAGCAUGGCAGAUCAAAGAUGGUGAACAAGACUUAUCUAAAUAUGAAGAUUUACCACUUCCAGAAGAUGCGGAAUUGCGAUGUUUUCAGCCAAUAGAAAAAGCUCAAAGUGGGUGCAGUUACAGUAAACUACCGGCAGAGGGCCUGGCAUUGGAUGUCGAGGUGCGUCUCCGAUGUCAUAGAUUAUUGGAACAUGGACAUUGGAUAAAAGAAGAACAACCUAGUGUACAGUUGUCCGUCAAGCCGGGCACAACAGGCUGUAUGCAGUUCAGUUCUCCUACCCCGCCCCCACAGAACAAGAUUACCAAGACUGUUACCCUUUCAGUACCCAGCACCCACACAAAUAAUACAGCUUUGCUAACAACUACAGCUCCAAGCCCCGAGAGAAAAUCUAACAGACAGAAUGUUGCAAUUCAGGCCAUAAUGCAGAAGCAGGCGGAGAGUACGGGUAAAACUGUAAAAAUAAAAGAUGAGCCAGCUUCGCCCAAAUACCUGCUGGGAGUACCGACAUCAGAGCCAUUGUUUUUCAAGACAGGCGGACAACGUCAACCAGGGCAGACGACAGGAAGUCAGAGCACACAGUCGUCACCAUCACCAUCUAAACCUGUUGGUCAUACUGGUGGUGUGUUAGUCAUAAAGAACCAGGACGUUUUAAACCAGACUACAAGUCGUCCUGGGAACCAGUCAAAGUCAUGGCAACAGCAGAGACAGGGAUCAGCAGGUACAUCGUCAUGGCAACAGCAACAACAGCAAGCUAAACAACAAACAGAAAAAACAGGCUGGCCAAACUUACAGCCACAAUCUCAGGUUCAAGGUCAGCCUCUUCAAGGUCAAAGUCAGUCAUCUCCAUGGCAACAGCAGAAUGUACCAACACGACCGCAGUUAUCACCUCAAUCAGGUCAAGGACAGUGGCAAUUUCCAGGCCAACCCAACUUUCCAAGGACUGAGUUCAGAACAAGAAGUCCGAUGUCACUUCAGAUGGGUGCUGGAAACAGGGUACCAGGCCCAAACCCUACAGUCCAGUCACCCCAAGGUGCUUUCUUUCCAUCGACUCAGUCCAGGCCAUCAUUCCCUAUAGGACAAACAGUUCCCCAGACACAAGGGCAAGUUUCCUUCGGAAAUGAGCCAGGUUUUAAAGGUGCCAGCGGAAUGCUGUUUAAUUGUCCUCCAGAUUCUAGCCAAGGUCCACCAACUUCUAUGCAGAAUUCUUCUCCAACGGACAGGUUUUCUUCACCUCACAUAGGCUCAGGAGAGGGCCCAAAUCUACCAUUUGGCCCCAAUUUUGCCUCAAUGUUCCGUCACCCUCCACCUAGUAGGUUCCCCCCGCCCCCCAAUUUCCAGGCCCCACCCCCAGAUCACAACUUAAAGUCCAAUCAAACACCAAAUUUAUCUGGAGAUGGUCAUGUGACAAGAGCAAGUGGAAUGGGUGGGGCUAACACAUUCCCCGGUAACCAGUCAAGUCCACAUGGCAACCAGGCAAACUUCUCUCAUGCCCCAGGGACAGAACGACCCCAGGGAGACAGAGGGUCAAGUCAACAGCACCAGAUGCCACCAAAUCUACAGAUGCCAUUUUCUCAGAACCAGUUCAUGAACCCUUUCCCAGGCUUCAUGGGUUUUCCUGGGAUGUCAAAUAAUCACAUGAAAUCUCCACUAGAGGCGCUGUUUGGUAAACCACGAUUCCCACAGGAGGAUAUUCCACCCAACAUGGCCGACAUCAUCGGUACACUCAGUAAAAUGGCUAUCCAGCCACCAAGGGAAAAUGUGUUACCGCCACAACGUGUUGGACCCUCCAGCUUCCAAGGUCAUGCAGAGGGCACUCCAAAGCCAGAGAGCUAUUAUACAUCACAAAGAAGUUCGUCAGUACCAGCAGUGAAUAUUGAUAUAGAGACUAAACCUUCUGACAGUGCCCCCAGCAUAACCCUGCCUCCGCAGCAGCAACAACAACAACAACCCCCAGGCACGUACUCGUUGUUUAGUGGCUCCCCCUGGCUCUCCUCGGGAGACUCAAAAAGUCUUGGGUCAUCCCCUUUCUCAUCGGAGUCGAGCAGCAUGCGUAAUUCACCAGAUCCCAGCUCAGAUAAUUACGGAGGGGACAUGAAGUCAGGAGGGCAGGGGAUGGAUAUGGGACUGAGAUUUGUAGACGACAGGAGUCUAAAACAAGGGGAGCAGCCCCCUCAAGGACCCUAUUUCCAGAAUAAUGUUCAGUCAAUCUGGUCGAGUCAGGCACAGUCUCCUUUAGAACGUCUUCUUGAGCUUCAGAAACAACAAAGACAGACGGAACCACAUUGAAAAUCACAUGGCAAAUCUUGUGGGUUCUUCUCUUUGAAAAUCAAGGACUUUAUGACCUUGAUGACCAUAUAGGGGUUUACAUGUGUAAACUCAUGGUGUUGAAAAAAAAUAAUGAGAUGGGAAAAAUUUUCCAUCAACUGACAAAAUAAGGAAAAUAAGGAGUAAAAUUCCUUUGAAAUGUGAACAGAAAUGAAAAGGUAGAAAGAAAAAUAGCUACACACACUGUGAAAAUAUGUGGGACAUAGAUAUAGGAAAAGAAAAGAUGAGCGAUAUGAAAAUACAAUAGUGAAAGUGAGCAGAUGUACAAAUUUGCAAUUAUUUGCAGAUGUAAAAUUUGCGAUUAUUUGCAGAUGCACGUUUACUGAACACAAGCUGUGAUAAAAGAUGCUCCUACUUGUAUAUACAUUUUGUCCCACAUAUUGAUAUCACUGGGGUGAUAUAUGUGUUUUUGAUAUGUGUCCUUUUGGAGUGAUAUCCGUAAUGAGUGUUUUUAGAGGCUUGUUGGAUUGUGAAAUAUUGGACAAGUUACGUUGUUGCUUUGACAUCACAAAUUUGUAUUUUCGUAUUAACAGAAGACCUGUAGGCAAAUUUAAAAGCAGUUUACUUCAUUUAUGCAUUUUGUGUAUGGAUGCUUUUUCUUUGUGAGGGAAAAAAUCUUGAACAUUAGAAAUGAGUAGAAUAUUGUGUGCUGACAGUAUGAUAAACAGCUGUCGUUCAUCUUCCAUCCAUUUGUAAUCAAGUCGUGACGUUUUAGCGACAGGUAACGGAAAUAAUUAAUUGUUACAAUUUUAUCAACUUGUUGUGUUAUGAAGAUCAGAAAUAUAUUAUUUUCAAGUACUCAUUGUAUAUUACCCAUAUAUUCUAGAUUGUGGAAUAACAGACAUUUUUUGUUUGCUUUUCUCAUCGUUUUAUUAAUUCAUUGCAUGGUUUGGAAAUGCAUUUUGUAUGCAUGUAUCAAGAAGUUUUUAAAAUUAUAUGUAUCGUAAAUCUAUGUUUGGGCUGUCCAUAGGAACUACAGAUUGGUAUGUUUUCAAAUACUGUGUAGAUUUUUGAACCGGAGCCCUUCUUGUUUGAAAAUUACCAACACCCAAGUUAGAUCUUACUACUGACUUCUUAACUGCUCUCGAUUCAUACACUGCAAAUUCAGUCUUGUCAGUAAAUUUUGCCAACUACAGUGUAAUUAGUUAUUAACUUUAACUGUAAGUAAGCAUUGGUUGAAGUUUAUUUAUAUACAUUACAUUCAAGCUUUUCAGUUUUCAUGGGACUUCUUUAGAUAUCACUGACUACACAAACAUAAGUACACAUGUAUUGAUUAUGUCAACUUUGUGAUCAACUUUCAGAUUCAUACACACAGUUCUAAGAUGUAGGUCAGUUUGUAUUAUGUUUCUGUGACAACUAAUAACUAGCAGUUAUAUAGCAGAUGAUUGUAUUAAUUGAGCUUGCUUUGAUGACAUUUUAUUUAUAUACACCGACUGCUUUUGACAACUAAAUGAGUUACAUACUCUGUAUACUACAUUGACUACAGAAAUUAACUUCAGCCAUCUGAACCACAAUCAUGAUAAAUAUCUGUAUAUUACAUUGACUACAGAAAUUAACUUUAGCCAUCUGAACCACAAUGAUAAAUACAAACAUGUAUCUGUAUAUUACAUUGAUUACAGAAAUUAACUUUAGCCAUCUGAACCCAAUGAUAAAUACAAACAUGUAUCUGUAUAUUACAUUGACUACAGAAAUUAACUUUAGCCAUCUGAAUACAAACAUGUAUCUGUAUAUUACAUUGACAACAGAAAUUAACUUCAGUCAUCUGAACCACAAUGAUAAAUAUCUGUAGCUUAUAUUGACAAGAGAAAUAAGCUUUAGUCAUUUGAACCACCGUGUUAAAGAUCUGUAGCUUACAUUGAAAACAGAAACAUGUGUCAGUUCCUUUAAGUACAAAUUUGAAUAUAUCUCAGCAGCAUGCAUUUACUACAGGGAAAGGAUUGAUCUACCGUAUUUUCUGUGCAUUAAUAUUAUGGAGAACAUUUUAGAUAACCUGGCUACGUAAAAAAACAUAGAACAUAUUCUUCUGUUACAUUGAGUACAAUGGUAAAGUUAUAUAACUUAGUGGAAAAGACUUUGGUAACUUAAGUUGGCUAUAAGAAUAAGUUUUAGUUUCUUUACAUGCUGUAGAAGAAUUUAGUUUUUUACAUUGAUUACAGUACUAUAACCUUAAGAUUUAGUUUCCUUGACUACGGAAGAAGAAUUUAGUUUCUUACAUUGACUAAAACAGUAGUAAGCUUUUGUUUCCUUGACUAUUGAAGAAAACAGCAUUAUCUUUACAUUCACUAAAGGAAACACUUCAGUUUACUUGACUGCUAUUUAAGACUUCUUAAGUUACAUUGACUACAGAUAUUUUUUUUUUAAUGUAUUAUCUACAAGUACAGUAGAUGACCCUAUGUACUUUUGCAAACAAUGACUACAUACAUAUGAGCUGUGCCAUGGGAAAACCAACAUAGUGGGUUUGCGACCAGCAUGGAUCCAGACCAGCCUGCGCAUCCGCGCAGUCUGGUCAGGCUCCAUGCUGUUCGCUUUUAAAGCCUAUUGGAAUUGGAGAAACUUUUAGCGAACAGCAUGGAGCCUGACCAGACUGCGCAGAUGCGCAGGCUGGUCUGGAUCCUUGCUGGUCGCAAACCCACUGUUGGUUUUCCCAUGGCACGGCUCAUAUUCUGUUUACACUAACUACAUAACUAUCUCUAUUUACAUUGACUGCAUAACUAUUUCUGUUUACACGGUCUUAAGGAAAACUCUAAUAUACAAUUUAUAUAACAACGAAAGACUUUCUUACAGAAAUAACCAAAAGGUGUCCAUUUACUUUCAAUAUUGCUGUUACUUACAUUUUUGUACAAUUUGCACUUACUACAAAUAUAUUGCCGCAUGGGGGAUGAGUAUUUUUUGUUAUCUGCUUAAAAAUGUCAUCCCCUUUUUGAAGUAACAAUUUUGUUAAUUACCUUGCAGGUAGAUUUCUUAAGAACUGUUUGGGAAUAUUAGCUAAUAUAAAAUUCCAAUACUACCCCACAAAAUUGAUUUUUUGUUUUAAACAUAAGGAAAAAAAUACCCAAGUAGUCUGCCAUUGUCAUGUGCAAAUAGUAUGACCUAAACAUUUUAUUCUGAAGACAGCAUUUAACUUUAUAGAUAUUUUAGAGAAAACUUACCCCGUCUUCAACUGAACAUAGCCGUACAAUAUUAUAUAACAGGUCUGUUCUGUUACCAGUUUGACGUGUUUAACCUUUACCCUGCUAAAUUUCUAAAAUGAACUGGUCUAUCAUUCAGUUUGGACAGUACCCUGUAUUAUUAGAAGGGGUGUUCACUGAAAAUUUACUGACUGAAUAGUAAACAGCGCAGACCAUGAUCAGCAGGCAGAUCUGUGCAGGCUGAUUGUGGUCUGCACUGGCUGCAAAGGCAGAAUUGCAGCCAGCAAGCUAAAGGUUAAAUUUAUAUCUAAAUUUUGAUUUUAAGUCUCUAUUUUUGUAUUUGAUUUCGUAUAUAUUCUCCCUCACGUUUAACAAAGGUUUACCUGUAAAAUUCCCUUGAUUUUUCAACAUAUAUAACACUUGUGUCUCUGCUAAAAAAUGAUCUGCUAACUUUGAAAAGGACAAGCUUUUUGCCACACAAAUAUUAUAAUACUAUCAAGUAGCAGUUUAUUACAGUUGAAAUAUUUGCACUGACAGUGUGUAGAAGAAAAAGUUUCAGUUUUUGAACUUGUCUUUGUGUUUAGACAGAACAAACACUAGCCAUAUUAGUGAUUGCAGAUAAUGUCUGACCCCUGGGUCUACAGCCGCACCUUAAUUUCCACUACCACUUACAUCAGACAAGGAUUUUUUUUAAAACUUUAUUUAGUUAACUUUCGACAUUUGUUUUCUUUGAUAAAUUUUCUACUUUACUUUCAUUAAAUCUAUGAAACUAAAAUGUGUUUGCAAUAAACUGGGAUUUUUUGUUGUGUAAGAUUAUAGUUCUGUUUAUGUUUUUACAAAUGAUACAGAACUUGGAAUUAAAUGGCUUCACUGAUACAGAAUUUGAUUGUUUAUUUGUCUCAUAGAGAUGCAUUUCUAUUGAAUAAAUCUAGUGAAAUACCGAACAA